AUGGCCGAUAUCGUAGAUCAACUUUGGGAAUUCUACGGCCAGAUUUCGCAAGUUCGAUCUACGCUGAAAGAAGAUAUUGCCGAAAUCAAAGUGCAGGUUGCCGCACUUACCAAGAAGUUUACCGAUUUCACAACUUCUAGGAGCAGUUGCCGAUGUCGAUCUUCAAAUCGUCAGCUUCCAUCUCAAUCAAAAUCACCGUCGAAAUCACCGCGCCGAAUGUCUUCCUACUGCUGGUACCAUCAUUUCAUUAUCGGGGUGGAUUUUCCUCAGCACUUUGACUUGCUCGUCGAUGUUAAACGACAUCGUCUCAUCGAUCAGACAACGAAACUUUCCGUCGAUGGAAUAUCCAGCGAUGCACCAUCGCUCAGUCCGGUGUACACCAUUGCCAACUCGCCGGCCGGCAAAGCGUUACUUGAGAGUUUUCCUGAAGUCUCCCGACUUUCAUCGUCUCUGUCAACUGCAGCCGCAGCUACGCCGCAUCACAUGGUUACCAAGGGUCCGCCCGUCUCCGUCAAAGCCCGAAGACUGAUUGCGGACAAGCCUAAAACCGCCCGUGCCGAAUUCGAGCACAUGCUCGAAGUUGACAUCGUCCGACCAUCCAGCAGCCCUUGGUCUUUGCCCCUUCACAUGGUCCCGAAAAAGUCAGGAGACUGGCGACCAUGUGGCAAUUACCACGCCCUCAACAACGUGACAAUUCCGGAUCGUUAUCUUAUUCUUCACAUACAGGAUAUUACAGCCGGUCUUCAUGGCGUUCGCGUGUUCUCAAAGAUCGAUCUGGUGCGAGCUUAUCAUCAGAUCCCGGUCGCCGACGAGAACUACCGAAAUUCGCCGUUAUUACAUCAUUUAGAUUAA